GAUGGAACUGGUCUGGCACGGGGAGUUUGACCGUCUGUUUGCCCAGUAUUUCCCCCACGCCUGGUACCUGGUACCCACAUUCUGCCCGCCCACGGACCGCUGGAGGGUCUUCAAGGACAGCGCCAAGGUCCGCUUCUCAUGUCAGGGAUGUGGUCACGGCUGGACCUCCGGGAUGAAAGGCCGCGUGAUCUUCUGGUUCCACCUCAACUACAGCACCAACAGCGGAUAUGUCAUGUUCAAGCUUUACGGGCAGCAAUGUCAGAAAUGCAAGAACGGUAACUACGAGCACGCCAUGUGGUACCCGGAGGAGGUCGUUAAAGUCAUCUGCAACAUCUACAACCGAGUAGGCCAAAUUUUCUACGGAUUUGAACGCCCGCCUCUUAACACCAGUCGCCGAGAAGGAAAACCCAAAAAUCAGCACAACGCAGAUCUUUGCCAGGCAUGUAAGGAGGGACUUUGUAAAGGGGAGUGGUAUUUUUAUUAAUGUAU